AUGGAGAAUGCAAAGAGGAAGCUGAGCGUCUCGUUCGAAAAAUAUAUACUAUCAUUAGCAGAGAGCGGGUCCUGUGGGCAAUCCGGUUUGUCAGACGCAGGUGGGUCAAAUAUUGGAAUGAGACUGAGAGACUUGAGACGAGGCGGAAGCGGCAAAAUCGAGAAGUGGGGAGGACUCGAGAAGAAUUAUCCAAAAUCUAAAGGGGCUCAUUGGCUCUGGGCAUAUACCCUGAUUAUUUGUAUGAGACUAGAAGAGUGGUGGAACAGAUUGCAGAUUUCGGAAUCGCAAGAGAUAGAUUCAGUAAAGGAAGGAUGUGGAGUGGAUCGAAUAACAGUCCAGGAAGGGGGAAUAAAAGUCUCAGAGCCGUGCGGCUCCAGGAGAGAAUCAUCUACUUGGGAAGGAAAAGGGAGGAAGAGAGACUAUAAUCGGGGGGCUUCUGAAGAUCGUAGUUUGAGUAUUUGUCGAGAAUUAGUAAUGCAGAUACUCUUAUCAUUUGAUAUUACUAGUACCGAUAAUAGGGAAAGGGACAAGCUGACAAGCCGAAAUCCCUGCCAAGAAUUAUAUCGGAGUUUACGAGAAUGGGGAGGUGAAGAAGUAGCAGCGUGCGUGAUGAGGGAUUGGUUCAUGCAUAUGGGAGGGGGCAAGAAGGAGGGCGUAUCAGAUUACUUUCAGGGGUUCGAUCUGUAUGAAAUUUUGAGCGAGGUAGUGUAUGGGAAGGGAAAGGGGGAUAAGGUCUUUGCGUGUGUUUUGGACAACAGCACCGGGGACCUGUCUCAGAAGAAAACUCAGACGUAUACCUUGAAGUUAAGGGGAACCGAUGAUGGGGAGCACGAUGGGCACUUGACUACUUUAGAGGUGGAGGAUUAUAAGAAGAUAGCAAUCCAGAUGGGAAUAGAGCUGGAGAAGUUAGGGGCUCAAAGCCCCAGUCUGAAACCUGCCAGCUCCGCGACAACAAAGCCGGAGGGCAAAGCUCAUGCCAACACGAGGGAAGCGUUUUCGUCUUUGUUGGAUCAGGAGAGCAGACUAGGGGAGCAUCCUGGAAACGAUUUUAACUCCGGCAAGAAGGGAGCCGCAGAGGCGAAUCUGUUCUCGGGGGUAGCGAAGGGCCUAGGGGGAGGGAUCCUUGGGGUUUUGGGUUUAUUGGGGAGCAUUUAUGGAUAUUAUAGGAUAUCUUCCGUAAAGGCGAGUGCAGGAAAGGGUUCGCGGAGGGCAAAGUGGGUUAGUCGCCAUGUUCCCUAUAGAUAG